UAACCGGAUUUGGCGCAGCCUUGCCUCGGCGUGUCGUGUGGCUGUCUGAGAGCUGUCCUCCGCUACAACAUCACCUCCAACCGACAAAUAAUGAUCCCCGAGCGGCAGCAGCAGACGACACGGCGGCCGCAGUCCGGGCCCGGAGCAGCGUCCCUCCGCUCGGUCGGUGCGCCAUGAGCAUGAAGCCGCUCCGGCCUCCUCGCCUCAGCCACACCGACACUCGAUCACCACCAGCAAGAUGUAUUUCAACCGGAGAGGGAAGAAGAUACACAGCGAGGGAGAGCAGUUAGUGUUGACCGCCAUUAGGCAGGAGGCCUCUGAACUGCAGGACCCAGGCCAAGGCCAAGGCGCUACCAUGCGUGCCCUCCUCACAGACAGGUUUGACAAAACCUCGCCUCUCUCCCAUCAAUCCAACGGUGCAGGACCCGCUUGCUCGUCCGCCGGUUACCGCAAGGCAGAUGAUGAGAUGUCCGGGACCACUUCCCAGGCGGAUCCCGUAGACGCCACGGCGCGGACGGUGCUGCUCAACCGGCCACAAAACACCAAGUUCUGCGACAACCACGUCAGUACCACCAAGUAUGGGGUUCUCACGUUCCUGCCCCGGUUCCUGUAUGAGCAGAUCAGACGGGCUGCCAAUGCCUUCUUCCUGUUCAUCGCACUCAUGCAGCAAAUCCCUGACGUCUCACCGACCGGUCGCUACACCACACUGGUCCCCCUCAUCUUCAUCCUCACCGUGGCUGGAAUCAAGGAGAUCAUAGAGGACUAUAAAAGGCAUAAAGCAGACAACACGGUCAACAAGAAGAAGACGACAGUGCUGCGGAGCGGAGCCUGGCAGACGAUUAUCUGGAAACAGGUGGCAGUAGGCGACAUAGUGAAGGUGACCAAUGGCCAACAUCUUCCAGCUGACAUGGUUAUUGUGUCCUCCAGUGAACCGCAGGCCAUGUGCUACACUGAGACCUCUAACCUGGAUGGAGAAACCAACCUGAAGAUCAGACAGGGUCUCUCACUCACAGCUGGUCUUCAGACUCUGGAGGAUUUGGUAGCGAUGUCCGGUUGUCUGGAAUGUGAAGGCCCCAACAGGCACCUGUACGACUUCAACGGCACUCUGCGGCUGGAGAACCAGAUUCCAGCUCCUCUGGGUCCAGACCAGGUGUUGCUGCGCGGCGCUCAGCUCAGGAACACUCAGUGGGUUGUAGGAAUCGUCGUCUACACCGGCCACGACUCCAAACUGAUGCAGAACUCCACCAAAGCGCCGCUGAAGCGUUCUAAUGUGGAGCGGGUCACCAACAUGCAAAUCCUCGUCCUGUUUGGCAUCCUGCUGGUCAUGGCGCUGGUCAGCUCUGUGGGCGCCGCCAUCUGGAACAAAGAACACACAGAAGACGCCUGCUGGUACCUGUCACGAGCCGCUGACAUCUCCACGAACUUUGCGUACAACCUGCUGACGUUCAUCAUCCUGUACAACAACCUGAUCCCCAUCAGCCUGCUGGUCACUCUGGAGGUGGUUAAGUUCACACAGGCGCUUUUCAUCAACUGGGAUGUGGAGAUGUACUACUCAGAGACGGACACACCAGCCAUGGCUCGAACGUCCAAUCUUAACGAGGAACUGGGCCAGGUGAAAUACCUCUUUUCCGACAAGACAGGAACUCUAACCUGUAACGUCAUGCACUUUAAGAAGUGUACCAUUGCGGGGAUUACAUACGGCCACUUCCCUGAUCUUGACUGUGAUCGUUCAAUGGAGGACUUCAGCAAUCUUCCGUCCAGCAGCCACAACUCUACAGAGUUUGACGACCCAGCUCUCAUUCAAAACAUUGAGAAGAACCAUCCUACAUCACCUCAGAUCUGCGAGUUCCUGACAAUGAUGGCGGUUUGCCACACGGUGGUACCAGAGAGGGAGGAGAACCAGAUCAUCUACCAGGCCUCCUCGCCAGACGAAGGCGCGCUGGUCAAAGGAGCCAAAGGCCUCGGCUUCGUGUUCACAGCUCGGACCCCACAUUCAGUCAUUAUUGACGCUAGAGGAAACGAGAUGAGCUAUGAACUCCUAAAUGUGCUCGAGUUUUCCAGUAACCGCAAACGCAUGUCUGUGGUGGUCAGGACGCCCAGUGGGAGGCUACGGCUGUACUGCAAAGGAGCUGAUAAUGUUAUUUUCGAGCGCCUGACGGAAGCAUCUCAGUAUAAAGAUUUAACUGUUGCUCAUCUGGAACAGUUUGCUACUGAAGGCCUGAGGACGCUGUGUUUUGCGUACGUGGACCUGGAGGAAGACGCCUAUCAGGAGUGGCUGAAGGAAUACAAUCGUGUCAGCAUCGUACUCAAAGACCGCGCUCAGAAACUGGAGGAGGUUUAUGAGCUGCUGGAAAAGAACCUAAUGCUGCUGGGUGCUACAGCCAUAGAGGACCGUCUCCAGGCGGGCGUCCCAGAAACAAUCGCCACUCUGAUGAGGGCUGACAUCAAGAUCUGGGUCCUCACUGGAGACAAGCAGGAGACUGCAAUCAACAUAGGUUACUCCUGUCGCCUGGUGACACACGGCAUGUCCCUCAUCAUCGUAAACGAGGACUCUCUGGAUGCUACUCGUGCCACGCUCACAACUCACUGCUCAUCCCUCGGCGACUCUCUGAGGAAAGAAAACGAGCUGGCGCUGAUCAUCGAUGGCCAGACGCUGAAAUACGCCCUGUCCUUCGAGCUCCGCCAGGCCUUCCUCGACUUGGCGUUAUCCUGCAAAGCUGUCAUCUGCUGCCGAGUGUCUCCGCUGCAGAAGUCCGAGAUUGUGGACAUGGUGAAGAAGCACGUGAAGGCCAUCACGCUGGCGAUCGGCGACGGCGCCAACGACGUGGGGAUGAUUCAGACGGCUCACGUCGGAGUCGGGAUCAGCGGCAACGAGGGCAUGCAGGCCACCAACUCCUCGGACUACUCCAUUGCACAGUUCUCCUACCUAGAGAAGCUCCUGUUGGUCCACGGGGCUUGGAGCUACAACCGGGUCACAAAGUGCAUCCUCUACUGUUUCUAUAAGAAUGUGGUCCUCUACAUAAUAGAGCUCUGGUUCGCCUUUGUGAACGGCUUCUCUGGCCAGAUCCUGUUUGAGCGCUGGUGUAUAGGCCUCUACAACGUGAUAUUUACUGCACUGCCUCCGUUCACUCUGGGGAUUUUCGACCGGCCGUGCAGCCAGCAGAACAUGCUCCGCUUCCCACAGCUGUACCGAAUAACCCAGAACGCCGAGGGCUUCAACACCAAGGUGUUCUGGGGACACUGUAUCAAUGCACUGAUUCAUUCAAUUAUUCUCUUUUGGUUUCCGCUCAAAAUGUUAGAGCACGAUUCUCCCUUCAAUAACGGUCAGGGAAAUGACUACCUGUUUGUGGGAAAUAUGGUCUACACAUAUGUUGUAGUUACAGUGUGUCUGAAGGCUGGAAUGGAGACCACCGCUUGGACCAGGUUUUCCCACCUGGCGGUAUGGGGAAGCAUGGUGCUCUGGAUGCUCUUCUUCGCCGUCUACUCCGCCAUCUGGCCCACCAUUCCCAUCGCCCCCGACAUGCUGGGCCAGGCUGGCAGGGUGAUGCAGUGCUGGCACUUCUGGCUGGGCCUGGUCCUGGUGCCUACUGCGUGUUUACUCAAAGACUUUGCUUGGACGGCCACGCGUCGCACUGUGAGGAAGUCUCUGCUGGAGGAGGUGCAGGAGUUGGAGGCGCGAGCCGUCGAUCCCGGGGCUGCAGUGCUUCGAGACGCCAGCGGCCGCAGUCUAAACGAACGAGCCCAUCUGCUGACAAGAGUCUUUAGGAAAACACCUUCGAGCGUUGGACGCUCAAACUCUGUGCAGCAGACGGUGUCACAUGGCUAUGCCUUCUCUCAGGAGGAGCACGGCGUGGUGUCCCAGUCCCAGGUAGUUCGCUCCUACGACACCACCCGCCAGCGCCCCAGCCUCUAGCCCCAUCCUUAUCAAGGCGUUGGCUCACCGUAGCAACGGUUGUCCAGGUGACAGCGGAGACAGACUUAAGUGACACCCUCACGCCGGGUGACCGACCCCUGCUGUGGCCUUACUGGAACAAUGACCUGACCCCUGGCCGGGGGCGGGGGGUCACGGUCAGGCGUGGUGGCCGUCGCCGGCGCAUGGAGGACUGACUUGGGAGAAGGGAACAGGCCACAUAUACAGAAUAAACGUUGUUGAAACCCACAAAAAGCUGCACAGGCAUGAGCAAUCACAUCCACGCACAGACAUGACAAGUCAAACUCAGAGACUGCUCCUCAUAUCUGUAUACCCCUCAGACUGGGUUUGCUUCAUGCUGCUGUGUGUCAACGUGUGUGUCAACGUGUGUGUGUGUGUGUGUGUGUGUGUGUGUGUGUGUGUGUGUGUGUGUGUGUGUGUGUGUGUGUGUGUGUGUGUGUGUGUGUGUGUGUGUGUGUGUGUGUGCGCGUUCCAGUGCGUCUGUAUCUGCCCGUGCAUGUGUGUCUGCACGCAUUGGCGCAUCUGUGUUUGUGUGCAUGUGUGUGUCGGUCCAUGUGCGUUUCGCUUCCCCCCCCGUCUCCCGCACACGAGGCGGCUCGUCUGUCAUCACAUGCCGACGCGGAAAUAGACGUCAUAAUAAACGCACACACUCGCACACGCACAGAUGAAUUCCUUUUAAAGGGGUGGAGGGAAGCGUAGACCUGCCGGAGCCCUGCACCCCCAGCUACAGGCCGCAAACCCCCCUCCCCCCCGACCCUCAUUCCAUCGCAGCACCAAGCCUCACUGCCAAACACCACGGAGAUGCCACUGAGGCAGAACCCCAAACUGGACCACCACCCUGCUGCAACCCCUCCUGCCCCACUGGGACCUCCUCUUGCUUAUCUGCCCUCCUUAUCUCCUCCAUCUCAUAGCCGCUCUGCAGCCUCCAUGUCUCUCCUCCAUUUAAAAAAAAAAAAAAUCCACUUUAUUUUUCCUGUUUCUGUUUUUUGUUUUUGUUUUUAUUCUGACCGCUCCUGUGAUCCCUGAUGCCGCCUGUCCAGCAUCGCCGGCUGAUGUAGAAGCAGCAUGCCAGGCAUUAGCGCUUCCUUCUUCAGUUCUGUUGGACUUCCAUUCUUUACUGGACUGUUUCUUUCCUUUUUUGUUAUUAUUAUUAUUAAAGUGGACAUGAAUGUGUAUGUGUUUAUAUUUUUUUUUCUCUUUUCAUUAAUGCCUGUUUUUUGUACUCAUAAGUGGAGACAAGUCUUAGAGGGAAUAUUUUACUUGAACUAGUCCUAAUAGGCAUCCAAACAGAAAGGAUUUGAUUGAAAAACUCGGGUGGAUCAUGUGUUUUUUCUGGCUCGGGGAUUUGUCUGAAUGUGGAGUCCAUUGUCUGUGCGCUCUGCGUUGAGGACUCUCUGGGUCAGGAAUGUAAGACUGAAAGGUUGUGAGGGGGGGGUUUCCAUCUGAGUCCUAAUCAUUAAAUCUAAUCAAUCCAUG